AAGCCAUCACCACUGCUGCAAUUUGCAACGAAUUCGACAAUCAAGAACAACUGCACCCGGAGACUGUCGAUUAAAGCCAUCAAGAGCAAAACAAACCCAAUUUUCAAGUACAAGAAACACCAUCCAAAAUACAGAUCAUAGCCCUCAAACCUUUCAAAAUGGUCCGCGCCACUCCCGCCAUCCGCACCGCUCUCCGCCCCGUCGUCCGUGCCAGCCCCCAGCGCGCUCAACAGGUCCGUUUCCGGAGCACCGAGUCUACCGAUAGCGCUCGCGACAAGGGUCCCGUCAAGGACUUCAACAAGACCGGUAACACCAACAAGCCAUGGCUCUACGCCGGCGUUGCUGGCCUCACCCUGGGCGGCAUCUACGCCACGAUGAUGGGCAAUCCCGACAAGGCUGCUGGCGCCGCAAAGAAGGUUGAUCAGAAGCUUGAUUUCGUUGCUGAGGGGAAGAGUGCGCCUCAUACCCCACAUGUUGGCGACAGGAAGUAAACGAAACGACUUACAACCGGUUACCUAAUCGAGCGAUGGAGAUUUGUUCGUUUGGAUGAGUUUAUGACUUUCUUACAUUUACAGUGGGGGAAAUUGGGAGUCAUUUGCGAGACGGCGUUCUUUUGAUGAUACUUAGUUUAACGUGGUGAAUGGAUGGGAGGUCCCCACGCGAUGGAUGAUAAGACGUUUCGCGGCUGUGAUGUGGAAAUGUGUGAAUGGCGGUGGCUAGGAAGGUGAAGAGACGAGGAAGCACUGAAUGGUGCCCAGAGUUUGAGUUACAGGAUGGAAACUGGCAAAUGCUAAGGCAGUACAAUAGUCAUUUAAAC